CGACACAGCACGCGCCAGCACGAGGGAUCGCUUCAACCUCACCAGGUACGCGAUAUGUCGUCGAAACGUCGUGGGCCUCCCAUGAAGGCGCCGCCUGCCAAACGCCCUUCAAAGCUCGCGAAAGAGAAUGGUAUAACGGCAGAGCAAGAGGCUGAGAUACGCGAAGCAUUUGGCCUCUUCGCUGUGUCGCAUCCCGAACACGAAGGCUCUAAGGAGGGUGUGUUGAAGAAGAGCGACGUGCGCAGAUGUCUCAUUUCGCUGAACCUCACACCCGACAAGUCCGAGAUGUCGUCCAUCCUGUCUACCAUCGAUCCCCUCAAUACCGGCUACGUCGAGUUUGUGCCUUUUCUUUCAUACGCUGCCAUCGCAAUACACUCCAAGGAGCAAGGGUCCGACGAAGACGAAGACGGCGACGACUACCAAGGGGAGAGCAAUGCAGAGGAAGUCAGCGCGGCUUAUCAGCUCUUCACGCACGGCGCCCCGGGACCGAUAACACUUGGGCAUCUGAGGAGGGUUGCGAAGGAGCUGCGAGAAGAUGUGCCAGACGACGUAUUGAAGGAUAUGAUCCUUGAGGCAAACGGCGGGGUCAAAGGUCAGGGCAAAGAUGUCGGAGGAGUCAGCCUCGAAGAUUUUGAGAGUGUCAUGAAGAGAGCUGGGUUGUCUUUCGGAUGAAAGCGCCAGAGUUAGAAUGACUGACUCACGGAACAACGCAUCGCACAAUCUAUGCGAAGCCCUUGUACAGUACCGCCAUCGCACGCGUCGAUGGUGACCUUACAAGACGUAAUGCGAAAGUCUCUCAGCUCCUCAGCUGCCCGACUUCCCAGUGCUCCACCCGUGCACCCUGCUCAAACGGCGUCGAGCCAGGGAACGAGCGGCGGAGCUAGCGCACGAUGCGCAUCACACGCAAAAGGCGGCUGUCUACCUGGUACACGAGAACAUAUAGUGUAGAAAGUAAAGUCAUGCAAUGAGAUUUGUAGAACAUCU